UUCAAAUAACAUUGUAAGAUAUGGCUAUGUUUUGAUCACCAGCAUGAAGAAGACGAUCGAACGUUACCGCAAGUACACAAGAGAUCAUGAAACCAGUAGCCACAACUCAGAAAUUUACAUCCAGCAAUUGAAGCAAGAAGCAAGCCACCUGAUCACAAAGAUUGAACUCCUUGAGUUUCAGAAGCGGAAGCUAUUGGGUCAAGAACUUGCUUCUUGUUCUCUAGAAGAGCUUCAAGAAAUUGAUAGUCAACUCCAAAUAAGCUUGGGCAAGGUCCGAGCAAGAAAGGCUCGGCUGUUUAGGGAGCAGUUGGAGAAGCUAAAAGCAAAGGGGAAACAAUUGUUAGAAGAGAACGUCCAGUUACAUCAAAUGACUGUCAUGGAUCCAUGGAGAGUGUCGAUUGAUCAACAAGAGAAAUUCAGAGUUGUUGAUCUGAAUUUGGAAGUUCAAACUGAUUUAUACAUCGGCUUGCCAGAGAGACACUGCAAAUAAUUACUUUAUAUUUUAUGUUAACUUUAUCUGCAAAUAUAUGUUAAUUUACGUAACAUCAAAUCCUUAUAACUCUACAAUAAAUUUCGAGGUCAUGAUUUGUGAUAUUAUCUUAUGAUUGUAGUCCUUACAUAUUUAAUAAGAGAAUAAUACCUAUUCAAAUCA